GCCGUCGGCUCUGGUCACUCGGGACCCGAAUCCGUGCCGCUGUCUCCACGUCUGGCUGUCUCCCAGCCAACGCCGUCCCACAGGUGUGCGUCCGUCCGUCCAGCCAGCCAUCUGCCCGUCCCUCCUGGGGUCGGCGCUGAUCAUGCCCAGCGGCUGCUGCUGCCUACAUCUCGUGUGUCUGCUGUGCAUCCUGGGGACACCCGGUCAGCCAGCCCGAGCCGAUGACUGCAGCUCCCACUGUGACCUGGCCCAUGGCUGCUGCGCGCCUGACGGCUCCUGCAGGUGUGACCCGGGCUGGGAGGGGCUGCACUGUGAGCGCUGCGUGAAGAUGCCUGGCUGCCAGCACGGAUCCUGCCACCAGCCCUGGCAGUGCAUUUGCCACAGUGGCUGGGCAGGCAAGUUCUGUGACAAAGAUGAGCAUAUCUGUGCCAUGCACCCCCCCUGCCGGAACGGAGGCCAGUGUGUGUACGACGGGGGCGGUGAGUUUCACUGCGUGUGCCCACCAGGCUUCCACGGGAGAGACUGUGAGCGCAAGGCUGGGCCCUGUGAUCAGGCAGGCUCCCCAUGCCGGAAUGGCGGGCAGUGCCAGGACAACCAGGGCUUUGCUCUGAACUUCACGUGCCGCUGCCUGGCAGGGUUUGUGGGUGCCCGCUGCGAGGUGAAUGUUGACGACUGCCUGAUGCGGCCUUGUGCCAACGGCGCCACCUGCCUGGACGGCAUCAACCGCUUCUCCUGCCUCUGCCCCGAGGGCUUUGCAGGGCGCUUCUGCACCAUCAACCUGGACGACUGUGCCAGCCGCCCGUGCCAGAGAGGGGCCCGCUGCCGGGACCGUGUCCACGACUUUGACUGUCUCUGCCCCAGUGGCUACGGCGGCAAGACUUGUGAGCUUGUCCUGCCAGUCCCAGGCCCUCUCAGCACGGCGGACAUGCCCCCACGGCCCACUUCAGCUGUGCCGGUACCCGCCACCAUGCCAGCCCCAGACAGCAUGGGGGCUGGCCUGCUGCGGAUCUCCGUGAAGGAGGUGGAGCGCAGGCAGGAGGCGGGCCUGGCCGAGUCUAGCCUGGUGGCCCUGGUGGUGUUUGGGGUCCUUACUGCCGCCCUGGUCCUGGCCACUGGGCUGCUGACCCUGAGGGCUUGGCGCCGGGGUGUGCGCCCCCCUGGACCCUGCUGCUACCCGACUCCGCACUAUGCCCUGGCACGCCAGGACCAGGAGUGUCAGGUCAGCAUGCUGCCUGCUGGUGGCCCCCUGCCGCCCGACCUGCCUUGUGAGCCCGGAAAGACCACAGCGCUGUGAUGGAGGUGGGGGGCUUGCGGGCCCCUAUCUUCACCGUCUCCACACCUCGGACUGCUGUCAUCCUUUCUCAUUACCCUCCCCUGGGGUACACACGCGGAGGGAUCUCAGCCUCACACCAGAAAUACUAUUUUUUUAAUACACAGAAUGUAAGAUGGGAAUUUUAUCAAAUAAAACUAUGAACAUGC